GCUCGUUCACCUUCAGCCGGAAGCUCACUGUCAAAACGCUGGGCCACGUGACCACGUCGAAGCUACACAGCACAAGGUGCGGACAAAACUUUUAGCAGCGAAAAACUCGACUCGUUUCCACAGACGGAUAACUCACCAAUGUGGAUUGUUCACACUGACAGACUCACGUAACUCACGUCUCCUCCCUGCGUGUGUACAUUUCGCUGCAUCACGCCUGUGGCGGUGUACCGGAUGUAAAGCCCGCAGCGGAUGACGCUUCUGUCCGCACCUUGGCUAAAUGUGUUGUUCGUGGAUUCAACACCAGGAAGCGAGAGUUUAGCUUUUUUUUCUUUAGGUGACGCGAUGAAAGCACAAAAGAUUGGGGAGACGACAACUUAAACGGGCGUAAUUUGAACACAAACGACGUGAUUAAAGACCCCAAAACAUCGAGUUUAAAGAUCCGGUUGAGACCGCUAACUAGCUCGCGGUUUAGCCGUCUGGUGAGCUCGCCGCUCGGUAACGUUAGCAGUGAAGUCCCCGUUACCCGCCCGGUGAUGGCUGUGGCACACAGAGGCUGUGUCGUGGCUGGAUAUUUAUUCAUUCUUCUGCUGGCUGGGUGCAAAGCAAGGAUACACAAGCUCACCCUGAAGAAUGAAACUCGGUAUGCUGUCGACCUCAACAACUUUGGUUUCUACUCUAACGGGACUCUGAAUGUCAGCCUGAUUUCUCUGCGCCUCUCCGAGGCGCCGCAGACCUACAACACGUUCCCGAUCGGUUUCAGCCUCUCCAGGUCACGUGUGAAUGGAGUCUUGUCCUACACAGCAGAGGAGACGGAGCAAUGCCCACUCACUAUCCCAAAGAUGAUCAAUAACGAGCCUCUCAUUCUUUUUCUUAUCGAUAUAAACACGCUCAGUGUCAACGUGACGGCUAUGGGACUCCAAGACAACGUUUUGUACGCAAAGCCAAAGACUGAGCAACCUAAAGUUGAGAAAAGGGAAGCUCCUGCUGAGCCUGAUGCUCCUCCUGAGAGUCCACAAGCGAAUAAACAACCAGCCGAACAAGAUGCAGCCAAACCAAACAAUCAAGAAAAAGUGGACACAAGCAGUGCGGACAAGCAUGAAGGUCAGGUAGAAAAAAGCCCAGCGCCUACAAAAGAACCUAUGAAAGACGACAAAAAAGAAUUCCAGCUCGAGAAGACCAAACAACUGACUUUAGCUUUGGAAAAAGUUGAAGGCACCUAUAACUUCAACUUCAGCAUUGUGGUCGGCUUGCUGGCAGAGGGUCUGUACAGCCUCAAGUUCCACUAUUGUCACAACCAGCCGCCUGGACAAAAAUUUCCCUAUUCGUUCACUGUGGAAGUGACUGAGAAAAAUCCAGCCGGCUAUCUGUCUGCAGCAGAAAUUCCUCUGUCUCGUCUUUACAUUGGUAUGGCUGGAGUCUUCUUCACCGCCGCCAUGAUCUGGGUGUACACACUGAUGAAGCACAGGUACAGUGUGUUUAAGAUCCACUGGCUGAUGGCAGCUCUGGCCUUCACCAAGUCCACGUCGUUGGUUUUCCAUAGUAUCAACUAUCACUUCAUCAACACCGAGGGGCAUCCUAUUGAAGGCUGGGCCGUCAUGUAUUACAUCACACACCUGCUCAAGGGGGCUCUCCUCUUCAUCACACUGUCUCUGAUUGGCACCGGCUGGGCUUUCGUGAAAUACAUCCUGUCUGACAAGGAAAAGAAGAUCUUCAUGAUUGUCAUCCCUCUGCAGGUCCUGGCUAAUGUCGCAUACAUCAUCAUCGAGUCCACAGAGGAAGGCUCCAGUGAAUACUAUCUGUGGAAGGAGAUCCUCUUUCUGGUUGACCUCAUCUGCUGUGGAGCCAUCCUUUUCCCCGUUGUCUGGUCUAUCCGACAUCUACAAGAGGCUUCUAACACCGAUGGCAAAGCUGCCAUGAAUUUGGAGAAACUCAAGCUCUUCCGGCAUUAUUAUGUGAUGAUCGUGUGUUACAUCUACUUCACGAGGAUCAUAGCCAUUCUGCUCAAGGUCACGAUGCCUUUCCAGUGGCAGUGGUGCUAUGAGUUUCUGGUGGAGGUGUCUACUCUGAUCUUUUUUGUGCUGACGGGCUACAAAUUCCGACCCGCGUCCAAUAACCCCUACCUCCAGCUUCCACAAGACGAGGAGGACGUAGAGAUGGAUGAAGUAGUGACUGAGUCAGGUGCACUGGAGGGUAUUUCCAAAGUCAAGAAGACGUGUAAUGGACGUGAUCGCCAGAAAGAGUCCACAUUGUGAGCGAGAGGCUGCAUCUUUAAAGGGGGGGGCGGGGGCACUAAACAUCCCCAGGCCACAGCUCAUACCAAGGGGUGAACAUGGACCAAGGCUCCCCACCCCCAGUGACGGCUUUUCCCUUUUUGAAACUCUUUAAGUGGUUGCAGUGGUAGUGGCCACUGUCUGGCUAUGCAAAAAAAAGGACUAACUUUGUUGUUGGACGCUCUCCAUUUUCUCGGAACACUUCCACCCAGAAAAGGUUUCAGACGGAGACGAGCUCCUGCCACAUCACAUGGAGGGAUAGGUGGAGAUUUGUAAAGGAGCUCUGAUGUACUUUAGUCUCUCUCUCUCUCUCUCUCUCUCUCUCUCUCUCUCUCUCUCUCUCUCUCUCUCUCUCCAAAGAUAAUUAUCAUUUUAGAGAAAGACAUGCUUUCCGUUGUGUUUAUAUCAGCUAUUUAAAAACGGUACUUCAGCCUCUUAGCUGUACCUUUUCGUGUGUGAUGUGAGUACAGGUGUGUGUGUCUGUGAGAAUGAGAUAACACAACAUUCGUUUCUGUUUUGUUUUUUUUAAAUAUAAUUUUCUUCCCUUUGGAGACAACAGCCCAUACUCAGGUAAAAGGCUAAUCAGUAUAUAUUUAAAAUUUAGGCAACAAUCUUAUUCUCUUUCCCACUAUUCAGGAGUCCGUAAUGUCCCACCGUAUGUCGUUGUAUGUCAUUAUACAACGGCUUCAUUGCAGUACAGUAUACAGAACGUUUUUUUGAUUUGUAUAUUGAAAUAUAUGGAUGGAAGAGGUUGUAUAUAUUUCAAUAUAUUUACUUACUGCAUAUUGAAAUGUUAUAUUUCAGUAUUAUUGUUUGUGUUGGAGAGGGAAGAGCUCCUCCCAGUCCGUCACAUGGACUGCUGCUGUAAUUUAGUGCUUUAGUGGUUGAGGUCACAUCUCUGUGAAUUCAGCCCAGAUGGUGACAUGUGGACCUCCAUAAUUUUUGGAUCUGUCUCUGAAAUAACGAGAGCAGUGGCCCUACUUGUGUUUAACAGCCUUGUUCUUUUUUUGUUUGUUUUAUUUUUAUUUAUGUUUUUUGGCCAUGCUGUGCCACUCUGGGCCGAGAAGUGACCUAACUGAUCCUUUUUUUUUUUUUUUUUUUUUGAAUUUGUCUGCUUUUGGUUUUACCUUCUUGCUCUUGAUGUGAAGCUUAUUUUAUUAAUUAUUGAUGACUUAUUGGUGGAAUAAAAAAAAAAAUCAGAUGUGUGCAGCUUGGCAGCGUUGUAGAUGGCCAUUUGUAAAUAAUUUACAGAGGAAGACUGUCGAUACAAAAGGAGGCACAUAACACUUUCAUAAGAACUGCAUAGAGGCUUUGUAGACACCUGUUCAGUUUCAAUGAAAUUUUUUGACAGAUGGGAAGAGAACAUGAGGAAGCAAGGAAAGACUACUGAGAACUACUGACACUCCUGUACAGGGAUGACGGUGUUUACAGACUGUUAGUGUCUUAAGGGUCUCUGUGUUGUGUACCUGGGGCGACGGGAGUAACCAGUCUGUAAACCAGUUAAACGGUAAAGGUUUUGUGCUUGUUACAGAAAGCUGUUUGAUGUGAAUAACCACAAUAAAGCUGAUGUUCUGGAAAGGUCUCAAAUAAAGUUGUUAUGUGU